AUGUCGUGUCCUACAGAUGAGGAAGUCCGGCAAUACAUAGAAGAAAUAGUGAACGGUGUUAAUAGCAUAGAGAAGAAACUGGAAAGUGAUGUCCGUGAUAUGUGCACGCUACUGUUGCUACUAGUAGAAGACUGUAAAAAAAGAGUUCCAAAUAGAGAUGUACCUCAGAGACUGAAGCAAAGUUUUAAAGACAUCUAUGGAAGCCUAAAAUUGCAUCUGAAAUUCCACCUACAAGCUGUUCAAGUAAGGGAGCUCAAUGCACUAGGCCAGCAGAUUGGAUUGACAGUGGAAGAGCUAGAUGCAGCUCCAGGGAAAGAAUGUGCCAUUGACCCUGUAAGCAAACUCUUGGAAAUUGUAAGUACCAUUUAAUAAAGUCCUUAGACCCAGUUCAGACGUCGUGGUUCUGCCGUGCCGAACUUAAUUGUAAUUUGGUUCGACUGUAACACGGCAGGAAAACAACUUUGAUUCAGACGUCGUGCCAGAGUCGAACCAAAUUCAGGAUUUACUGAUGCCUCGUAACAAUUCUUCCAACUCCCCGUGGGAACGCAGUCUCACCAAAAUACAUUAAUAUAAUUUACGAAUUUUGGUUUAGCGCGGCAGAAGCACGACGUUUGAAUCGCUGCCGUGCCAGAGCCGUGUAGCACGACAGCGCUUGUCGAACUUAAUUGCUUGCCGAGCUUAAUUCAAAAGUUUGAUUCAGACGCCGUGCUUCUGCCGUGCUUUUGUCGAACUUAAUUCCUGACUUUAGUUAGGCAUGGCAGAAGCAUGACGUCUGAACUGGGCCUUAGUUACAUUUCUCUGUUGACAGAAUUAGGAAAAUAUCGAACGUUCAGGGAUAGAGCUGACCGUUCUUGGAUGAUCCGAACCGGAACCCUUCAUGUCGAUCAUUGCUCUUAAGAUACAAGUGUUAUGCACCUAGGAAAGUUUUGAAGGUAGCAUUGACCAAGUUCUCUAGCGUAGCCUGUAAAUGCUAUAUUUUUAUCACUGGGGAAUAAGCUGGAAUAUGUAUAUAUUUACUACGAAAUUUGAAAACUUUAGGUCAGGGCGGACUCACUGUUGCCGAGAAAUAACGGCAAUUUGGAUAGUACAGAACGUGUGAAAUAGCCUGUCCAAAAUUUCUAUCGGGCUUUUACCUUAUGCCUCACGAGAUGAAUAACUUGAAGUAUCGAGAAAAUGCUGAAGUCGGAAAGAAGUUUCACCAGGUAGUUCUCUGCUUAAUACUUCAACCGUUCUUGUUAGACAAGUAACAGCUGGCACUAAUUGAAUUUAUGUUUUAGAUUCCUGGUAUUUUGAUCGAAACUCAGUUUACCUCAUUGUUGUAAUCGUUUGUAAGGCACUUCUAAAAGCCAAAUAAAACCAUAGAAAUCCUUCUUUUAGAAUAGUCGAAUGCUUAAUGUUUAGUAAUGCAAACGUUUCAGCAAUUCGGGGAAACAGUGUAAUUUAGGAGUGGAAAAUUUCCGCAUUACCUUGGUUCAGUAUACAGUCUUGAAUUAUAAACAAAAACGGAAAUAACAGAACGCCUCUUGGCCAAAAGAGAGUGACAAUGGCGCCAAUGUACAUUCUUUAAAAGUUGGGAGCUUGUACAAGGAUUUGGGAUCAUUUGUUCUAUGGUUGUAAAGAUCACUGAAACUGGUAAUCAAAAUCAAACACAUGGCCAUUGACGCAAAUCUAAAGUCUAACAAGAAAACCCGGCUGGGGACGAGGAACAUGCAAAUGUUAAGGUAGACGGAUUAUACUGACAAAUACCGUACAUCCAAAAAUGCCCACCACCACGAAAAUGUGUCCUAUUUGAAAAAAAAAAAAGAGUAAGUUCAGUAAAAAGAGCCAUUAAGCGACAAGGCUAAGUACUCAGGGUGCUUUAUUACAACAAAUUUGUUCAUAAUGAAACUAGUACAAACCAACAAUAAAAUCGAACGACAUUUCCGCGGUAUCGUCAUGACUCCAUUUUUAAGUUCAAUGCACAGUAGUUAUUACAUUUACUUGUUAUAUGUCAAUCUUCAGCCAACUAUUUUUAACCGUACGUUCAGUCUCGGCAUUUUGAACUGGAAAAUUAAAUCAUGACGAAACCGAAACUUCGGAGUAACCAAGCGGUGAAGUUAGGAAGGCUGGAUAUUGGCCAAAUUAUCAUGGGUUUUUAUGGACAGACAUGAAGUGGAGGUCCAUAAAAGCAAAAAAAGAGAAAGGAAGGGAGAGAGGGGGAAAGAGAAAGAGAACGGGAUCAAUAUUCAACUAUCCUGACUGAACCGAAGGUUGACCGAACCGAAGCUUAUUUAUUCAUCAUAUAGCAACACAAAAUCUGUUCUUGUGGAACUAAGGCGGCAAUCCUGAGGAGCGGACAAGAUAGGCCGAGCCUGGGUAGGCAAUAAAAAUUUGGACUUCCAAACAUUUGGAUAUUUUUCUCCUUCAAAUAUUCUGUUUACCUGAGUGAGAAAGUUCCCUUUCCCUUUGGUAGCUUCCUUGAUGUGUGGUCGGCAUUGCAAGAGAUAAUUCAAUAUAUAUGCGUGACUACAGUUCCGCUUGAACAAACUUACGAAAGUCAAAUCAAUGAUGACUAACCGGCAUAAUUACGGAGCAGGUUCCAGACCGUGGUUCCACUGAAAAAAUAAAUUGGACAGGCUGGGAGAGUGCGAUUAGCCUACCAUAUUCAAGGAUUUAGUAUUCUGGGCCCGGUUGGAUGCUAAAAGGCCGAUAAGCGCUAAUCCAGGAUUAAAAUACAAUUUUGUUCCGUUUUUGUGUUCUACCUUCCUAUGUCAAUUAUUUAGAGCAACAUUUUGUCUUACCAUUACUGCAUCCGUCAGAGUAAGGGCUCAACAGCAUUUUGAAAGUUCGAGUUGCAUACCAUCUUUUUGAGGAACCGGGCCAGGGACUGCUCAAACAAAUGCCCGGUAGAAGAGGUGAAUUAGAGAUUUAAGAUAUCAUCCAACUCACUAAGAAAUUUUUCUGACCCCUCCUACUAAAACGAAAAAGAGGCAGUCCACACCUUAAAGUGAUGCAGCAAGAGAAUGGAUUAGCUUGCGUGGGAGACAAAGAAACUGAUCGGACCUUGCCUACUGAGUAUGAUCACCAGUUAGUCCGAAGAUCAAUAUACCGACUAAUCAUUCAGUUCACUUGAGGUCAUUUAUUUAUUCAUUAUAAUUCCUUGAAUGGCCACAACAGAGAAUAUCAUUCAUAAAUUGAACUAGAACAUUGCACUCACUGAUAAAACAACAAUGGCCCACUUUAAUAUUUGUAUAAUUCCAGUUAAGUGACAUAGCAGAAUGUUCUGAUGGUCCAAAGGGCAGCGAAAGUCAUGCUAACGCUGUGAUGACUCAGGCAAAAGAUUGGUUAAGGAAACUUCGAGAAAAGAACACAUUCAAACCCAAGGUCUUGGCGCGGGUGUCCCGUAAUGGCAAAUGGUUUGUUGGAUCAUCAGUUGCAGUCAGUCACUUCUUAAGGCCUCUCUGUUUGUACAAUCGAAUUUGUGAGUUUAAACAAAGCCUCAAGAAAGCAGUUAUAUUCUUUCAGCCUCUGGAAACUGAACAUAAAGUCCUCUGGAAUUCCACAGCAUUUUGGUUUACGGCGGGAUAUAAAACCCAAAAACCACCUUGUCAAAACUGCAAGUUUAUGUUCAAGAACUUAUCUGGUUUCCUAGGUGAGACAGAUAAUUUGGGACAGGAAGGUGCAAGUGCCAACACCGUAGGGGGGACAUUUUUGGCGGCAUGUGGUGAGUAUCCUCCUAUAAACCAGUGUCUCCCAGAUGAUGCAGAGUCUUCUUUGGAGGAUACGCCUGAUAACGAAGCGGUGUAUGUUGCCCUGAGAAGCUUCCGGAAAGAUUGUACAUUAUUUUUUGAAAACUUUGAGAAAAUUGCUUCAAAAUGCUUCAGAGCUCUUGAAUCUAAAGAUGUCAAACGUCUGAAAAAUGUGUAUUAUACGCAUGUAAAACGUAGAAUACACAUUUUUGGAAUAAAACCAGAAUGUAAUGGUAGUUUGAAAAAAACAUGA